AUGGGCAGCACAGAAGAAGAAAACAACACCUCCAAAUCCGUAUCUCCUUAUGACACCGCUUUACCAACCACUCCUCUCCUCUCCAAACCCACGACCAGCUCCACCUACUCAUCUCCUCCAAUCGAAGAACCAGCUCAACCCGACCCAUCUGAGCCCGACCCCACCCAAUUCCUCCAGAUCUCUUUCAAUUACGGACCCAGACCUUUCAAAGACCUUCCUUUUCUCAUCCUCUUCUUUCUCUUAGUCGUCUGCACGUUCGCUUUUGGUAUUUUCUCAAUCUUCCAUCGGAACACCAAUUACUCCAACGUUUCGAGUUUCACCUACGAUUCUAAUUCCACUUCCUGUGUUCAAGACUCUUCCUUUUUAUCAAAUUCUAAUUGGGUUUUUGAAAUUUCUGUUUUUUCGUUGUCAAGUUCGAGUCUUUGGACAAAUUUAGUAUGGACCCUUGUUAUAACUUUGAUUUUAAGUGUACCAAUUUGUUUUCUUUUGCUUUUAUUACUCAAACAUUACACAAAGCAGAUCGUUUAUGCCUUGCUUCCUUUCUUUAUAAUCAUGCCAAUUUUCUUCGAUGUUUAUUGGUUCGUUGCGUGUACUUUGACUUCUUCUUGUAGUGAUGCUUUCCCUUUGGUUUAUAGAAUUUUGGUGCUUGUUUUUGUUCUUUUAGUAGUUGGGAUUAUUGUUUGGAUCAUUGUGGCUAAUUGGCAUCGAAUCGAGUUGACUGUGAGGAUUAUUGGGGUUGCUUCUGAUGCGCUUUCGAGGAAUUUAGGAUUGUUUUUGGUUAUACUGUUGUUGACAGUAGGAUUGGCGAUCUAUUAUGCGCCAAUUGUUGUGUUCUUGGUGUUUGCUAGAUUUAAUGGGAAAAUUGUGGCUAAAGAAUCGAAUGGGGAGUAUACUUGUGUUUGGAAACAAGAUAGCUGGGUGCCUGCUUAUUACACAUUGGCGAUUUUGACGAUGUUGUGGUCUUUGACUGCGAUGGUGGAAGCUCAGGUUUAUGUGAUCAGUGGCACUAUUGCACAGUGGUACUUCUCCAAGGAUGAUUCCAAACCUAAGCGGAGUAUAAGAAGUUCUUUGAGAAAUGCAUUUGGUCCUUCUUCUGGCACUGUCUGUCUAUCUGGACUACUUAUUUGUGCCGUUCGACUGGUGCGUGCCGCUGUUGAUAGUGCGAGACAAGAAGAUGUUCCUGGGAUAGUCAACCUUGUCCUGCGGUGUUGUGUUAAUGCCCUACUGUCUGCAAUAGACUUUCUUAACAAGUUCACCAUCAACUUUGCAGCAAUAACUGGUGAGGCUUACUGCACAUCUGCAAGGAUGACGUAUGAGCUUCUAAGGCGAAACCUACUCUCUCAUGUUUUUGUGGAGACUGUAUCAACUCGUUUGUUAGCAGGAGUUAUUUUUGUCCUCUCAGCAGUUUACGCCAUUGUGGUAUGUGCUAUCUUAAAGGGCGUUAGCGAUCUAGGGGUUAAUGCAUACAUCGUUGCUGUUCUUGCAUGGGUGCUGCUAAUCAUAGUGCUGGGUUUCUUUGUCCAUGUGUUGGACAAUGUAAUCGACACUGUUUACAUCUGCUAUGCAAUUGAUAGAGAUAGAGGAGAAGUCUACAAGCAGGAGGUUCAUGAGGUCUAUGUUCAUUUACCAAUCAGUAGGAACAGUAGAUCAUCCUUCCCUACUAGGACUCUUGGUGUAUAGAGACAUCCCUGUAACACAAAAAUAAUGUCGUUGUUGUUGAUUUGUCAUAUGAUAUCUGUACGAGGUUGUUACUCCUGCCUAUUGGCAAAUUGUGCAUACCAUCAGAUUCAAUCGUUGUAUUGUACACUAUUUGAGGCUUGUUCAAUAAAGAGCUCAAUUGUUUUCAGUAA